UCCUUCUCUCUCCUAUCUCCUGAUCUGUUUUCCGCCUCCUCUUUUUUCUCCUCCCUCUGUCGCUGCUGUGGGUCUGCUUGUGAAAAUGGCGCCUGCGGUCCCGGAAAACCUAACUAGAGAUCAGUACGUGUAUCUGGCCAAGCUUGCCGAGCAGGCCGAGAGGUACGAGGAGAUGGUUCAAUUCAUGCAGAAGCUCGUUCUUGGCUCUACUCCAGCCUCCGAGCUCACCGUUGAAGAGAGGAAUCUCCUUUCCGUAGCUUACAAAAAUGUCAUCGGCUCACUCCGUGCGGCCUGGCGGAUUGUCUCCUCCAUUGAGCAGAAGGAGGAGGGUCGCAAAAACGAUGAGCACGUUGUUUUAGUGAAGGACUACAGAUCCAGGGUCGAAUCCGAGCUGACGGAAGUCUGUGCUAGUAUUUUGAAGCUGUUGGAUUCGAAUCUAAUUCCGUCUACUUCAUCCAGCGAGUCGAAGGUCUUUUACUUAAAAAUGAAAGGGGAUUAUCAUAGGUAUUUGGCCGAGUUUAAGAUUGGAGAUGAACGGAAGGCUGCUGCUGAGGAUACUAUGGUGUCUUACAAGGCUGCUCAGGACAUUGCUUUUGCAGAUCUCCCUCCUACUCACCCGAUAAGAUUGGGCCUUGCACUCAACUUCUCCGUAUUCUACUACGAAAUUCUCAAUCAGUCUGACAAGGCAUGUGGUAUGGCCAAACAGGCGUUUGAGGAAGCAAUUGCUGAGCUGGAUACCUUGGGAGAAGAAUCCUACAAAGACAGCACACUUAUUAUGCAACUUUUAAGGGACAACCUCACUCUUUGGACUUCAGAUGUUCAGGACCAACUAGACGAGCCCUGACUGUUCUAUACAUCACCUGGAGGUGGGCUUUGAAUGUCAUUUCUUUAUGCUAAUUAAGAAUGUAGAAUGUUGGUGGAUUAAAAAUGGUUGGCAAUCUGUGACAUAAUGUUCUAUAUAUAGACCAGUGUAUUUUCUUUGGUUUCCAUCUUUGAUUUGGAAAGGAUAGUACUGUGUAUAAUUAAUGGGAAAACCAACUUAUUACA